AAAAGAAAAAAAAGUUGGGUUGAAAAAAAAAAAAAUCUUUCUAGUCUUCGGAUAUUCAGAUAUCAUCAAGCUUCAUUGGUGCCCCUUUCGCUCUCUCUCUCUCCUGCCCCAGUCAACACGGGCGGCGACGACGCCACUCUCUCCCUCCUCAUCCUAUGUUCGCACUGCAAUUUGUAUCUCCUUCCAAGAAAAACCCUAGGACCUGCAAUCCCAAUUCCAAUAAAAAAAAAAAAACCCUUAAUACCAGCACAGACGCGCGCACACCCUCUCCCCCUCUCUCGCGCGCGCACACACAUUCAACGCUUCCGUGUGAGAUCAUUUUAGUAUCUUUUGCGAAUGGCGUCUGAAAUCGAGGUCGUCGAGGAAGUCGAAUCCAGGAAUUCCUCAGGGGCGGGUGCCGGCGGAGGCGAGGGAGGAAAUGGUUCCGGGGAGGUGAACGGGGUCGUGGGGACCGACGGGAGUCUUCGGAAUGACGUGUAUACGGCUGCGGCGUACGGCGAUUUGGAGAAGCUGCAGAGAUUGGUGGAGUGCGAGGGCUGCUCUGUUUCGGAGCCGGAUGGGCUCGGGUACUAUGCGCUGCAGUGGGCAGCCUUGAACAAUCGGAGUGCGGCGGCUCAGUAUAUCAUUGAGCAUGGAGGAGAUAUAAAUGCAGCAGAUCAUACUGGGCAGACAGCUUUACAUUGGAGCGCAGUGCGAGGUGCAAUCCAGGUUGCAGAGCUUUUGCUCCAAGAGGGUGCCAGAAUAAAUACAGCUGAUAUGUAUGGGUAUCAGACAACACAUGUUGCUGCUCAAUAUGGUCAAACAUCUUUCCUUUACCACAUUGUUACAAAGUGGAAUGCUGAUCCUGAUGUUCCUGAUAAUGAUGGAAGAACUCCUUUACACUGGGCUGCAUAUAAAGGAUUUGCUGAUUGUAUACGCCUUCUUUUAUUUCUGGAUGCAUACAGGGGACGCCAGGAUAAGGAGGGUUGUACUCCUCUCCAUUGGGCUGCCAUUAGGGGGAACUUAGAAGCAUGCACGGUAUUAGUACAGGCUGGGAAGAAAGAGGACUUGAUGGUGACGGAUAACACUGGCCUUACACCAGCACAGCUUGCUUCGGAUAAGAACCAUAGACAAGUUGCUUUUUUUCUUGGAAAUGCUAGAAGGUUGCUUGACAAACGUUGUGAUGGGAAUAGCCGCCUUGGACGACUUUCAAAACUAGGACUUGCACCUGCACUUUGGUGUAUAAUCCUCCUGCUCCUUGUGACCUAUAUUCAUGCAGUCAUUAUGGCACCUAAUCUGCCAAAGCUAACAGCUGGCUCUGGGUUUCUUGCAUGGUUGGGUGUUAUCCUAGCGACUUCUGGACUAUUUCUUUUUUAUAGGUGUAGCAGCAAGGAUCCUGGUUACAUCAGGAUGAACAUCCAUGAUCUUCAAACCAUGAAGGAUGAUGAGCCUUUAUUGAAGAUUGAGAUAAAUAAUCCUGCAUUGCUAGCUGGGAAUUGGUCUCAGCUCUGUGCGACGUGCAAGAUUGUUAGGCCUCUUCGUGCGAAGCAUUGUUCCACCUGUGAUCGUUGUGUUGAGCAAUUUGACCAUCAUUGCCCUUGGGUGUCUAAUUGCAUUGGCAAGAAAAAUAAAUGGGAUUUCUUCUUUUUCCUUGUGCUAGAAGUGUUUGCAAUGAUGAUUACUGGUGUGGUUGCUCUGACAAGAGUUUUGACCGAUCCAGUGGCUCCAUCUUCUUUUGGAGCAUGGAUGGACCAUGUUGGUACUCGUCACAUUGGUGCAAUAUCAUUUCUGGUGGUUGAUUUUUUCCUUUUCUUUGGGGUGGCUGUCCUAACAGCUGUUCAAGCUUCUCAGAUAUCUCGCAACAUUACGACAAACGAAUUGGCAAAUGCAGUGCGAUAUAGCUACCUGAGAGGUCCAGGUGGCCGGUUCAGGAACCCAUACGAUCAUGGGAUGAGGAAGAACUGUUCAGAUUUCUUAGUCAAUGGUUACAAUGAUGACGUGGAGUACAAUGAAGAAUCAGGUCAUUCUGAGGGUGAGGGGAUUGGUAUGAUGCAUAUGAAUAAGAAUUCAAACAUGCAAAAUGGGGUUAGCCAUUCACAUCAAAUUCAAGCCAAUGGUAAUGGCCAUGUUGCCCUCAAUGUAAGUCCUACACAUUCAAAUGCUCAUCAGGGUCAGGGUCAGGGUCAGGGUCAGGGUCAAUGUCAGGGUCAUGCUCAUGCUCAUUCUGCCCACUGUAGCAGCAGCCAUAGCGGCCAUGCCAGAACCAACAGCGCCCCCGUGGGAUUGGGUCUUGGCCUUGGUCGGAGCCCUGCUCGUUCGGUGGGUGCCUCGUGAUUUGAUGUUAUGCUGUAUUGUGAGAUUGGUGUGCUUUGUAGCACCAAAUUGUUCAUAUGCGUACUUUUGGCCUAGCACCUACAAUUCAAUUGAUUUUUGUUAUUUUCA